AUGACUCAAGUGAGUAACUAUGGAUGCAUUCUCAUCAAAGCACUGUCUGUCGAGGUCAAAGAAGUCACUCUCCCUGUCGUCGGGCGAGAGGAUGUGAUGGUGAAGGUCGAAUCUACCGGAAUAUGUGGUAGCGAUUUGCACCUGUACAAUCACUUCGGUUUCGGAAAGGUCAUGAUGAGAAAACCCAAUAUUCUUGGACACGAAUCAGCUGGAACAGUGGUCGAGGUUGGACAUAAUGUGACCGAUGUCGCUAUCGGAGAUAGAGUAUGCAUCGAGCCCACCAUGUUCUGCAGAAAAUGCCAUAAUUGUAAAAUCGGUAAGACUAACGUUUGUCGCAAUUUCAGACAAGCUGGGAUGGAACCAACUCCAGGAACGUUGCAACAGUACUACGUUUGCGAAUCCGAUUUUGUUGUUAAAAUACCCGACUCUCUGUCUUGGGAAGAGGCGGGAUGUAUCCAACCCCUCGCUAUCGCCAUUCAGUUAGCCAAGCGCGCGAAAUUUGCAGCGGGACAAACGGUAGCAGUGUUCGGAUGUGGACCUCUGGGCGCUUUAGUAAUGGCUACAGCUCGAGCUUAUGGAGUUUCCAAAAUUGUCGCCAUUGAUAUCUCUCAGAAGCGUGUCGAUUUUGCAAAAAGCAUGUGGGCUGAUUAUAGUUUUAUUUCCCCACCGAAGGAACUCCCCCAAGAUUAUCCAGAUUGGGCCGCAGCAUUCAAAGAUCAGGUGAUGAAGGAUGCUGGUCUCGAUCCAUGGGGAGUGGACAUUGCUGUGGAAGCCUCAGGUGCAGAGCCUUGCAUGCAUGCGGGUAUUGCUUUUACUCAUCCAGGCGGAACCUAUGUCCAGGCCGGUUUAGGACGUGCUAUAAACUCUUUCCCCACUGUGGAAGUUGUGGCAAAAGAAUUAGAUGUUAUUGGGUCGGUUCGAUACACUGCAGGUUGCUUCCAGACAGCGAUCGACCUGGUAGUCAGCGGCAAAGUUGAUCUCAAGCCAUUGAUUACUGCAAUCUUCCCCCUCUCCCGCAGCACUGAGGCUCUCGAAGCUGUUCGGAGGGGUGAUGACUUGAAAGUAGUUAUCAUGAAUCAGCAGUGA